AUGUAAGGAAAAGGAGGCAAAUAAGUUAAACUUAAACAUAUUGAGUCUUUCUUAUCAGACUUAGAUAACUUCGAAUAAGGAGAGUUUAGCAAGUUAAAAUUAGAGUAGCAUAUGACUCCAGCAAAUGUAGCAGCACUAUGUGUCUCCAUGGUUGCAGAAAUUGAGGAAAAUUUGGAAGAUUAAAUAGUUGGAGAUUUUGGAUGCGGUACAGGAAUGUUAUCUUGUGGUAUGCUCUGUGUUGGUGCAGGGCAAGUUAUUGGCUUGGAAUUAGACUCUAAGUAUGCGUAAAUUACUUUGGAUACUUUGGAAGACAAAUUCGAAGAUCCUAGCAUGUAUGAUAUUAUAAAUAUCAACGUUAAACAUUGGUAACCUCCAACAUUGAAUGGAAAAUUAUUUGAUACUGUUGUUAUGAAUCCUCCAUUUGGAACAAAAGAUGAAGGAAUAGAUGUCGUUUUUCUUGAAAAAGCAUUUUAAACAUGCUCAGGAAAUGUAUAUUCUAUGCAUAAAUCAUCAACAAGAAAAUUCUUGUAAAAGAAAGCUGAAUAGUGUGGUUAUGAAUUUACAGUUCUUUAAGAAAUAAAGUUUCCUCUUCCAAAGAGAUUUAAUAAAUAUCACAAAAAAGAAGUAGCAUACACUGAGGUAGAUUUUAUAUUAUUUAAACCUAAGAAAAUGAUUCCUUAAAUAAAAUAAUAACAAAAUGAAGAGAAAAAAGUUAAUAUUUAAGAAUGA